AUGGGAGCGUCUGGUUCGGUGGAGCCUCGCGAAGGCGAAGUUGGUGGAGGUCGGUUACGAGAAGACAUGAAGCUUUACCACAUGGUUGACAUGCAUGGUGGAGGAGAGAUGAUGACAAUGAUGAGGUAUGCCAAAGCUACAAAUGACUACGGCUUUGUUGACCAUUAUAUCAAAACUCGCGUCUCCGAUUUUCUUCUAAACAACGAGAAGGGAAAACUUUUUCCCAUCACAGAAUUGGUAACACUUCGGAAUAAGGAAAGAAACGCUAGGUUAGGAGCGUUUCUCAGGAAGAAAGGUAGAGGAAAAGCUGCUGUCAACGUGCUAGAGGGUUUCGAUCAAAACGAUGCAAUGGCUGGAGAUCUCAAGAAAGGUCAAUUUUUGAAUGCUAGUGUUCAACUUACCUUCACAGAUAGCUUUUUUUCUAAAGAAAUGGAUCUCUUUCUUCUAGCACUCAAACUACUGGACGGUGGCGGUAAAGGAGGAAAAUCCGAAUCGAAAUAUCGAGAGCUGAAUUGGAAAUUGGAUGAACGAGGUUAUUUAUAUGCACAGAAAUGCUUGUACAGGCUAUUUCAAUGGCACUGUCGGGUGCAAUAGUA